AAUCCGUAUCAGCUGUUUCUGCUCUUAAUAAGUAAAUCGUUCAUCAAUUCGAUUGUAGUUAUUGUUCGGAAUAUUGUAGUUAUUGUUCGUUGAGAUACUGCUUGAUUAAUUUUCAAAGUUGUGAAUUAUAUUAAAGACGUUAAGUCAACCAUGAGUGCAGCAGAAGUUCCAAACAAACCAUCGGAUGCCCCGGAACAUUGUCCUGGAACGCAGAGCGACAAUGCCGGCAAAGCUUCCGCGUGUGCCGGCUGCCCCAAUCAACAAAUUUGUGCAUCUGGUCCUAAAGGCCCUGAUCCUUCAUUGGCAUUGGUGAAAGAGAAACUACAAGAAGUACGAAAUAAAAUUUUAGUCCUUUCUGGAAAGGGAGGUGUUGGAAAAAGCACAGUAACAGCCUUACUGAGUCGAACAAUGGCACAAAGAAAUCCGCUAAAGAAUUAUGGUGUAUUGGACAUCGAUAUUUGUGGACCUUCACAACCUCGUGUUUUAGGAGUGCUGGGCGAACAAGUACACCAGUCCGGUUCUGGAUGGUCACCAGUGUUUAUCGAGGACAACCUCAGCCUGAUGUCCAUCGGUUUUCUUCUGGGAAGCCCCGAUGACGCUGUAAUUUGGCGAGGACCGAAAAAGAAUGGUAUGAUUCGGCAAUUUAUGACGGAGGUGGAUUGGGGCCAAUUGGAUUAUUUAGUACUGGAUACGCCCCCAGGCACCUCAGAUGAGCACCUAUCGGCAGCAACUUUUCUAAAAGAAACCGAUGGAAACUGGGGAGCCGUUUUAGUAACGACACCCCAAGAAGUUGCUCUACUGGACGUACGGAAAGAGAUCACUUUCUGCAAAAAGAUGGGUAUUCCAGUGGUCGGUGUUGUUGAGAAUAUGUCCGUUUUUGUGUGUCCCAAAUGUACGACGGAGUCAAACAUUUUUCCAGCCAAAACAGGUGGAGCGGAAAAGAUGUGUCUAGAAAUGGAUGUGUCGUAUUUGGGCAAACUACCGUUAGAUCCCCGCCUGACAAAGUGCUGCGAUGAGGGAAAGGAUUUUAUCACUGAACAUCCUAAAAGUCCGACCGUAAAAGCGUUGAGCCAAAUCGUGGAGAAGGUACAGGAGUUUUUUGAGAAAUAAAAUAGUUUUAUUUUUUAUA